AUGAGUUCAAGAUUUUAUAAAAAUGAAAUAAAUCUUUUGUUGAAUGAUGAAGAAACUUAUUGUAAGGAAGGAAAUAUUAGUGAGAAUGAAUAUCAUCAAUUAAGGAGAAAGCUCAUACAAAAACAUAAAGUCAAGGGUAUAAAGGCCAAAAUUACUGAAAUUAGUGGAAAUAUUGCAACUGGAAAAACUCAAAUUGGAUUUUCCACACUAAUAUCAGCAUUAUGUAGUGAUGUAAAUAAUACAGUUUUAUAUAUUGACACAAAGAAUAUAUUUUCAGCUUUGCAUAUUCAAAAUAUAUAUUAUGAGAGUGAUAGAUUUAUAUUUCAAAUUGAAAAUCUUCUUGGUAGAAUUAGAGUGGUUAAUUGUUCUAAUAUAUAUGAAGUGUUGGAAGUGUUGGAAGAUGUUGGAAAUAAUUGCAAAGUUCCAUCAGAUUAUUUUUAUCCUAAUCUGAGGCUAAUAAUAAUAGAUAAUAUAUUCUCUAUAAUUUCUACAAUUUUAUCUGAUACUUGUCAAGUUAGUGCAAAUCCAGAUAAUCCAGUAUCAAUGUUUUCACCAACUAGAAAACCUGCGUUAGGAAUAAACUGGAGUAUUUUUCCUGAUGUUGAAUUGUUUUUAUCUUUUGCUGGGGAUGUUUUGGAUGAAAAUGGUAUGCCAUUACUCGUGCAAGAAUUUGAAUAUUUUAAUAAUAAUGGAUUAAAAAUCUUGAUGAAACCAAGAAUAUGUGAAUUAUUAAAAUCAAGAAAUGAGGGUGAAUAUGAAAUUUUAACACCGGAUUAUUACUUGAAGUAA